GGGCUCCACCAGUUGUACUAUGACCCUAACAUUGAGAAUAAGAACCUGGCCCAGAAGUGGUUGAUGCAGGCUCAGGUCUCCCCUCAGGCCUGGCAGUUCUGCUGGGCUCUGCUCAGCCCUGACAAGGUAUGAAAUGCCCACAUGCACACGCACGCACGCGCACACACCUACACCUAACCCUCUCUCUCUCUUCCUAGGUUCCUGAGAUCCAGUACUUUGGGGCUAGUGCCCUCCACACUAAGAUAUCCCGCUACUGGUCUGAUAUCCCCUCUAACCAGUAUGAGACCCUGAAGACUCAACUCUUCUCCCAGAUCGCAUGCUUCUCCUCCGGGUCCAAGAUGGUGGGUAGAUGGAUGGAUGGACAGUUGGAUGGAUUUAUUAGAUCAAUAAAAAUACAUAUAACUGGCGGUAGCUACGUGCCUUAAAAACCAUCAAGCAUAAACACAAUUGUAAAGUCGUUGACUUACAAGACGUUGUGGUCCUGUUUCCAAGGUGCUGACGCGUCUGUGUGUGGCGUUGGCCUCCCUGGCCCUGAACACCAUGCCAGAGGUGUGGCCGGGCGCCGUGCCAGAAAUGGUGCGUGUGUUCCAGGAGGAGGGAGGGGGGGUGGACGGCCGGGCCAGGUGUCUGGCCCUGCUGGAGCUUCUGACCGUCCUGCCUGAAGAGUUCCAGACCAGCCGCAUGCCGCAGUACCGCAAGGGACAGGUGAGGGGGCGCUAGAGACUGAAGGGUGCCAAUGGGCACAACAAAAAGGCAGACAGGCACACAGACAGACACACAAAAGGACAAGUGGUGGUGGGUUAGUAUUUCCUGUAACCUUGUAUCUCUCUGUCUGUAGGUGCGAGGUGCUCUGGGUCGUGAGUGGGGGUCAGUGUGUCCACUGCUCCAGCAGCUGCUGCGUCGAGGGGACAGUCCCGGGGCAGUGAAGGCUCGUGUCCUGCGCUGUCUGUCCUCAUGGGUGCUGCUGGACGUCCCUCUCAGUGAGAGUGAAGGACUGGUGGAGGACUGUUUCACUGCUUUACCAGACCCCGAGCUGUUUGAUUCCGCCGUGGAGGCUAUU